UUCCAAACUAUCAGAAAUCAUUAAAACUUCUGUAAAAUGUAAGGCAGAUAAAAAUAAAAGAGGAAGAUCAGGAAUGUUGAUUUGGAAUGACUAUAAUGAAAAUAAUAAUGAUGGGCAUAGGCAUUUUGAAGCAAGACCAGUACCAGAUAAUAUUAAAAAAAAAUGGUUAAUUAAAGUUGCAAAAAGAGGCAAAAAAGUGAAUAAUGAUAAAGAUAAUAAAUCUCCUAUUAAAAAAAAACCUAAAACUAAUCAAUCAAUCAUAUUACAUUACCAAAGUAUUAACAAAUUAACCUCUCAACAAUCUGCAAACAUUACAAAAGCAUUACUUAAAGCUUUUGUAUACUGCAGAAUUCCUUUUGCAAUCAUUGAUAACCCAUAUUUUCGAAAUUUCUUGAGACUUUUGCAACCUGGUUAUAUACCAUCAUAUAAAGAUACUCUUUCAAGUUCUGUGCUUGAUGGUGAAAUUGUAUGA